UUGAAGUAGAUACAACGGCCUGUUUAAACGAGCGCAAGUUCUUAGUACACAUUAGCACUGUUGAAGUAAAGCAUAUAGCUAGGCGCAUAAACGUUAAUAUGAGUUGUCACAAGAAUUCAACCCCUUUGUAAUUUGGUGAAGUUGACAUGAACAAAUUUUUACCUACGCCAACGCAAAUUGUAAUACAUAUGAAUGGAAAUAUAAUAUUAAAUUAAAAGUAUACCAACAUAAAUUCAUAAGUACUAGUUACUUAUAAGAACGUAAAUUAGUGAAAAUAGUGUGUGACAAAUUAUGGCGCCUGAUUUCACCAUCUGAUUGAAGAAAUGAAUAUCUAAUAAAUAUGCAAAUAUGUGCUUAUAUGUAAACAUUAUGUAAAACGUUUGAAAGGAAUACAUCUACUUAAAUUAUUUUUGAUUUAAAUGCAUAUUGUUUAAUAAUAAAAAAUAGAUUUUUUUUUUAAUAUUUGCGUUGAACGGAAUUCCAAAGUUAUGGUAACGCGUGCAUCGAGUGUGCCUCAUUUAAAUAGUAGCGCUGGCAGCAGCAAUGAAAGUGCCUCAGGUUCUGGUUCCGGACCCAAUAGUCGCCGAAGUCGCCUACCAAAUACACGCACAAAACGCACGGGAAAAAGUGUUACGCCCACGCAAACGCGCAAUGUGUCUGGCGGCAUGCCACGUUCACGGAGCCUUACCCAUGGCAUGCGGAGAUCUACUCCUCAGAAGAGCAAUAGCAGUUCCGGUGGCAUGGGAACGAGGAAUACUCCGGUUUUUCUACGUUCCCGCGAAAACGAAAUUGGUAGCGCAGAUACGAUGGAAAUAGUGGCUUCUAAGUCCAGUGGCAGUGAACCUUCAACGCCGGAGGAUAACGUAAAUGUGGUGGUCAGAGUUCGGCCGUUGAACGAGAAGGAAAAGAGGGAUAGACAUGGCAUGAUUUUACAGUUUCCUGGAAAUGGACAAAUAAUAAUCGAAAGCAGUGAGGGCAGCAACAGAAGAUCGCGAAAUCAAGAAAACGUGCACGUCUUUACUUAUAAUGUGGUGUUUGAACCUGGAGCAACUCAAGAAGAUAUUUUGGAUUAUUCAGGCAUCAAACGUAUAAUUGAAAUGGCAAUCGAAGGGUUUAGUUGCACUGCAUUUUGUUAUGGACAAACCGGUUCGGGAAAAACACAUACGCUAACCGGUCCACCCGAUCUGUUUGUCGGCAAGCCAAAUUUAAAUGAUCCACGGCAUGGUCUCAUCUUCCGAUCGUUCUUGUACCUCUUCCAGUUGAUAAAAGAUCGCAAGGAUGUCAACUAUGUGCUAAAGGCGUCUUUCCUUGAAAUCUACAAUGAACGUGUCAUCGAUUUGUUGAAUCCGGGCUCAUCGAAAAAAUCACUUGCCGUGCGUUGGUCAAAGAAGUCUGGAGGAUUUUUUGUGGAGAACCUUUUCACCGUAGAUUGCGAAGAGUUGGAUGACCUAUUAGCAGUCCUAGAAGAAGGAAUGAGGAACCGUGCAGUUGGUUCUCAUGCCAUGAACGAUCACUCGUCGCGUUCACACACAAUGCUCACGGUGCACAUAAUUUCUGAACAACAAACGGAUGGUGGAGUGUUUAUUUCGAAGCAUGGAAAAAUAAAUUUUGUGGAUCUGGCUGGCAGUGAACUUACCAAGAAAACACUUAGUGAAGGCAAGACGCUGGAGGAAGCAAAUAAUAUUAAUAAAAGUUUAAUGGUUUUAGGAUAUUGUAUUGCUUCAUUGAGCGACAAUAAAAAACGAUUCGGACACAUUCCCUAUCGCGAUAGUCAAUUGACCAAAUUACUGGCUGACAGCUUAGCUGGUAACGGUGUUACACUGAUGAUCGCUUGCGUCUCUCCAGCCCAAUACAAUUAUGCUGAGACUUUGAACACUUUACGAUAUGCGUCCAGAGCCAAAAGGAUUCGCACGAAACCUGUCAUUAUGAUGGAUCCACGCGAGGCGCUUAUAUUGAGCCUCAAGCGUGACAUAAACGCUUUAGAAAUUGAAAAUGAUCAUCUCAAAGCUGCGCUAAAUUUGCACCAUGAUUUUAUGAAGACACCAAACGGGGCGCAACAAAAUGGUGAACUAUUAGAAUUGCAUCUCGAACGUGUAGCGACCGGUGGUAUCGAGGUACCGAAAGUAAAUCUGGAACGCUUAGUUGAGUUAGAUGGUAAUGAAUUGGCUGAACUGGUGAAACUGUAUAUGCAAGAGAAUGAAGCUUUACGACAAGAAAACAAUCAUCUAUUCACUGUUCGUGAAACCAUACUCAGGGAUCAGGAAAUUGUAUGUCGCGAGAAUGAACGAUUGCUCAAAAAGCUCGAAGACGUCAACAAGGUUUGUGUCCGCUCCCCUCUUAUACCUGCACAUUCAGCAAUAACUGCCGAUUCAGGUAGUGGAACAGGAAGUUCGGAGAUUUGGACGAAUCCCCAGGAUGUACCAAUAUUCGAGCGCCCUGCUGAAAUGGAAGGCCGCAUAUCUGAGAAUAAAGACAGGCGAUCAGAUGAGGAUCAGCGUAAAAUUGAUCAGCAACGUAUUGCAAGGAACAUUAUGCUUAUGGCGAACACACUGCAGAAGAAACCUAACGAUAAAAAUGAAAGAGAUGAACCGAACUCUAUUGAAAGGGAUAACCCAAAAGCUGAUCAAUCAGAUUACAUGCCAGACAUGCUCACAUAAGCAUAUCAAAGGACGGGAUUAUUAUAUUUAGUACCUGAAAAUGCUCAUUAUUACCACUGCAUCCCAGAAAUAUUUAUAGAACCGCUUGACUGAGAGUCAGAUUGUUAUGUCGUCAUAUUUUAAUAUACACACGUGCAUAUUAACAAUGCCUUUGUAAGCUAUCCUCAUA